AUGUCGUCAGAUCCGUUCUCAGCUUUCCGCAGGUUGGCUCCGGCCCUGCGAGCACGCGCUGCUCCCCGUGCCGCCGCCGCGUUGUCUCAGCGCAGACACGCCUCUUUCUACAACUCUGACGUGGCAGGGCUCACAGAGGAUCAGGCAGAGUUCAGGAAUGCGGUCCAGGAAUUCGCGGAGAAGGAGAUUGCCCCACGAGCCGCGGAGAUCGACAGGACAAACACCUUCCCCAUGGACGUCUGGGAGAAGCUCGGCGACAUGGGCCUCCUGGGCAUCACCGUCAAGCCAGAGUACGGCGGGCUCGCGCUCGGCUACUUCCACCACACCCUCGCGAUGGAGGAGCUCUCGCGCGCGUCCGGCUCCGUCGCGCUCUCCUACGGCGCGCACUCGAACCUGUGCGUGAACCAGAUCCACCGCUGGGGCACGGACGCGCAGAAGGCCAAGUACCUCCCGCCGCUCAUCAAGGGCACCGCUGUGGGGAGCCUCGCGAUGAGCGAGCCGGGCGCGGGGAGCGACGUCGUGAGCAUGAAGCUGCGCGCGCGCAAGGUCGACGGUGGCUGGGUGCUCGACGGCAACAAGUUCUGGAUCACGAACGGCCCGACGGCGAGCACGCUGGUGGGUAUCACGGCGUUCAUCAUCGAGCGCGGGUUCAAGGGGUUCUCGACGCACCAGAAGCUGGACAAGCUUGGGAUGCGCGGGAGCGACACGUGCGAGCUGGUGUUUGAAGAUUGUUUUGUACCCGACGAGAAUGUUUUGGGGAAUGUCAACGGCGGAGCAAAGGUGCUGAUGUCUGGGCUCGACCUGGAGAGGUUGGUCCUAAGCGGCGGACCGCUGGGGCUGAUGCAGGCGGCCUUCGACAUCGCGGUCGAAUACGUCCAUGACAGGAACAGUUUGUUGAUGCAAGGGAAAAUCGCGGACAUGUACACAAAGCUGAACGCGUCACGUUCGUAUGUGUACGCGGUGGCGAAGGCGUGUGAUGAGGGACGGGUCAGCAGGAGGGACUGUGCCGGCGCUAUCCUCUAUUCGUCUGACCGAGCAGUUGAGGUUGCAAUGGACGCAAUGCAGUGUUUGGGAGGAAAUGGAUAUAUCAACGACUACCCCACGGGUCGCAUCCUGCGCGAUACACGACUUUACACAGUCGGCGCAGGCACGCAAGAGAUCAGGCGGAUGCUCAUCGGGCGAGAGUUCAACGAGAGUUCAAACGCCGUGCAGCGUAGCGGUAUUUCCAGAGGAGGAUGGACCUAUACUUUGUAA